AUGGCCGCUACCCACCGCGAACGAUCUCAUACCCCUCCUUCCGGUGUCAAGCCAACAGCUGCCCUGGGAGCAGACCUCGCAGACCUGGACGACAUAUCACCACGGUCUGUCUCAGUGGCUUCUACUGCCUCGUAUGGCUCGGCUUCCACCCGAGCAUCAAUUGGCAGCGACUCAUCUGGCUCCACCGCCAGCCGCCACUCCUCCGCCAGUUUCCUCGCUACUGCCAGAAAUCCAGCCCUCAACCUGGCUCCUACAGAAAAUGUGCGGCACUCCACAGGGAACUUCGGCGUGGCUGGCCGGCCAGUGCCUAGGAAAAGAGGCUACAUGAGGCCCACGGGCACCGACUUCGCAGCUUCGGCGAGGAGCAGGGACAGUGUCUUAAGUCUCGGGAGCAUCGCACACCUUCAGUACUACUUCGCACGCACAGGGCUGCUAGACGGGAAGGGUGCCCAGCUGGCCCGCAAGAACAGAGCAGCAAAGGCCCAAACCCUUGACUUUAGUAGCCUGGCCUCAUUCGAUUUCGCAACGGCCUCUGGCAACACCCCUAAGAUUGUGACUACACCAGAUGCAGAAUCGAGCUAUAUGAACCUGGGCACGAGCCCGGACAUGGGAGGUUCACAUUUCGGUGUCGACAUGACCGACAGCCCCAUAGGGGAUGACUACGAGGGCGAGCUUGACUUUGACGAUUGGGAGGAGCCAGAUCCCACGGUCCUGCCUCCCACAACCAGCACGUACAAGCAAAGGGAGAAGCCCUUACCCAAGCCGCCAUCCAUCAGACAGCUCAAGGCCGACCUGAGAACCGCCCUGACCAUGGCAAGCGAGGCAGUGGAACACGCCAAGAACAACAGAGUCAACCCGUACGAAGGGGAAGGCCGGUCACGGGCAACGUCUAACGUUUCCGUCACCUCCCUGACAGACUCGCCCACGCCCCCAUCGCAUGCACGCCAGCUUUCCAAGGCAACGAUCCAAGCGCCCGGCUGGUUCGAGAUUCAAGGCAUGCACGUGCUGGACGUCAUGACCCUGGCCAUCCGCGCCGCAAAAGUCUAUUACACCUCACAUGACGCGCCCGAGCGGCUCGACUCGAUCAAGCCGGAGAAGGAGCUGCGGAAGGAGCUCUUCAACGUCAUGGAGAUGCUCAAGCGCAUGGCGACGCGGGAUUUCCAGGGCGGGAUGCGCGACGACGAGGUCGAGAUCAUGGUGACGUGGGUAACCGGGCUUUUCCAGAUGCUCAAGGAGGAGGAGGAGGUCGAGGCCGCCGAGGCCGAAGAGCGCGCGAGCUGGACGUGGCUCAAGGACGAGGACUGGCCCGCGGGCACCGAAGUGCAGAGGGAGUACGCAUUUAUGCUCAGCAUGCUGGACGGGCCCUCCAACACGACCAAGGCCCCCGCGCCGGAUGGCACCAUGAUGGAGGUCCCCGCGCUGCCCAAAUGGGUGCCCAUCGACCGCUCCAAGCCCCUGGACUCACAGGAGCUCCCCACCCCCUUCCUGGAGAGCCUGCAGAACGGGCUGCGUCUGGUCCAGCUGCACAACGCGGCGGUGCGUAAGUCGCGCCGGCGGUUCGGCGCUAUCGGCACCUUCCACACCGACACGCAGAAGCCGUACCGGUGUGCCGACAACCUCCGCUACUGGGCCAAGGCCGCCGAGCUGCGGUGGGAGGUCUCGGGGCUCCGGAUCGACGCGCUCGGCGUGGUCUACAACAGCAACUCCGACGUGUGGGUCCAGUUCGAGGACGCAGUGCUCGCGUGGUGCCGCAAGGUCAGAGAGGAGAUCACGGCCGACCUGUCCCGGCCGCCGACGAGAGUCGGGCCUCCGGCGUGGCUGCCCACGAAGAAGCAGCCGCUUCCGCAGCCCGAGGUGCUGACGGAGGAGUAA